AUGCGCCUGCGCACCCGCGCGUGGGAUGGCGGGAAACGCGCCGCGCGAACCCUCCCGAACCUUCCAGAACCGCGCCCCCCCCAAUACCCCGGACUGCGCGUGCGCACCACCCCGUCGCCCGGGGCAACAGCGGCGCCCCCUGGGGGCCGUGCUGAGUCACCCCCCCCCACCCCAACAGGACCCCGCUCGGCCGCCGUAGCCCCCGCACCGGAAGUGGGGCCGCGCGCCCGCGCAACAUGGCAGCGGCCACGUGCUGAAGACGGCCCCCCGCGCGCGCACAAAGGCACACACGCGCCAGUGCACACGGCGGUGAUGGAGGGAAAGGGCUGCCCUACCGUGGCGGUGCGAAGGAGCGAGGUGCGCGGGCUGAGGCUGCUGCAGGGCCGGACGGCGGAGCUGACAGAAGAGGAGCGACUGUGGCGGCCCCGGGGUUCAUAUAGCGGCGGAGCACCCGCCCGGCCCCGCCCCCACGACGAGGAUCCCUCCGCCUUAAAGGGGCCGCCUCCUCGUCACCGGCUGCAGAAGGGGGCUGAACUGCAGCCGGGCCCCGGGAAAUGCUCCAUCAGCCCGGCUCUCGGAUUCUGGGCCGUGAGGCGACCGGUUUUCCAGCAGUUUCCAGGCCCGCCUGGGCGCCGCUCGGCGCUUCUCUGCCCCCGCUCGUCACGUGACCCGCCCCUUCAGACCCGCUCCCUCAGACUCCAGGAAGGGUCGCCGAGGCCCAGGCAGCCCCCCGCAACGUCCCCCGGGCCCGAGGAGGGGGGCAGGGGACGCAUCACCCCUUCUCUGCUGGCUUGGGAAGCGGCAGUGACGGAGCAGAGUUCGGCUCGGGGGGCAAGCCGAGGCCAAAGGGAGAAGAAGGCCGGCCCGUCGGACGGUCCCCCCCCCGCCGGCUCCUGA